AUGGCGUCCUGGGUGCACGUGUCGGAUGACUCGGACUUCUCGCUGCAAAACCUGCCUUACGGUGUGUUUAGCACCGCCGAUUCAGGCCCACGGAUUGGAGUCGCAAUUGGGCAAUAUGUACUGGAUGUGAAAGCACUGGCCCAGGACCAGGUCUUCGACGACCUCGAUUUCAAUGUUGAAACACUCCAAGAGGCGACUCUUAACGCUUAUGCCAGUCUCGGGAGGAACGUCCACAGCAAGGUCAGGAGAAGAUUGCAGCAACUGUUGGAUGAUAACACUCAACUUGCAGAUGUGCUGCGGGAUAGCCAAAGGCGUCGAGAGCGAUGUCUAAUUCCGUUAGCUAGUGUCACUAUGCACUUACCUGUGGUCGUUGGUGACUUCACGGACUUCUUCAUCGGUAUUCACCAUGCAAAUAACGUGAAAUUUUUAAAACCAGGAUCAGACAUCGUGCAGCUCGUGCCGCCAUUUUGGGACCAGCCUACAGCAUACCACGGCCGUUCGUCCUCCGUCGUUGUCUCAGGCACACCUGUGCGUCGACCAAAAGGUCAGUAUCGAGUCGACGGCAGAGCAGUAUCUGGAAUUUGUGAGAAACUCGACUUCGAAGUUGAGUUUGCCGCCGUUAUUGGGAAAGGAAGCCAAUUCGGAGACGCAAUUGACGUCGACAAUGCGGAGGAUCAUAUUUUUGGGUUUGUUUUGCUGAACGAUUGGUCCGCACGAGACUUCCAAAAGAACGAAGGAACGGGCCCAUUUACUUGCAAGAAUUUUGCAACCUCGAUAUCUCCCUGGAUCGUGCCUUUUGAGGCGCUGGAGCCUUUCCGCGUUCCUCCAACAGAAGCUGGGCGCACACUUCCAGAUUAUUUGACUCAGAAGGAGAUAAACUCGGCAUAUGAGAUCCCGAUUCGAGCAACUCUCGAAGCUGGCUCGGAGAGGUAUCAUAUGGCAGAGUGCAAUACCAAAUUUGUAAUCUUCUCAUUCGCUCAAAUGAUUGCGCACCACACUCGCGGCGGUUGUCCUUUGCGAUCUGGCGAUCUCCUCGCCACAGGCACGAACUCCGGACCGACCCGUCAGGAACAAGGCUGUUUACUGGAACUCACUCGGUAUGGAACAGACCCUUAUGAAAUAAGUACAAAGGGAGCGACUGAGAGCAAGAUACGCCGAACCUUUCUUGAAGACGGGGAUGUAGUUGAGUUUUCUUCUCAACUGAGGGUGAAUGGCGGUCUCAAGAAUAUAGGAUUUGGGGUUUGUCGCGGCGAAAUCUUGCCUGCCAAUUGA